AUGAAUUUUAUCCCCAUUAUCGUUAUUUUUUGCAACGCAGUUGCAACUGCUGGUUUCGACAUUUUAGAGUACCAAAAAGAUAAGAUAAAUACUCCGGCGUCAGUCCAUGAUGAUAGCUUUCAACUACAAUAUAUUGAAUCUAAAUUCCCUUUUCUUCAGCAAACAUGUGUGAAAGAUGCUCUUUCAAAUUUUCUGCACACAUGUCAAAUGGAAGGCGUUGAGUCCAUUGGCUCUAAAGAGAGAGUGGAAACUUCCAUAAAGCUGUCAAUUUGUCAAUUCGAGGCCUCUGGCCUAAUAGACCUGGUUCCAGCAAUUUGUUUGGAGAAUAAGGACGACAGCGAACUUUUAAUCGACUGUAUGUUCCAGAUGAAUAAAUUGAAAGCAGAAUGGUGGACUACAUAUAACGGUUACUAUCAGUCGCUAAGUUCAAUUUGCUCUGACUAUAGCCUUCCUUUCCAUAAACAACAAAUACUAGAGACUUAUAUGAAUGUAACAGAAUGGUUCAUUAAUAUAAAUGAUGUCUGGGACGACAAAUUCAAUGAUAUAAUAUUUGAUGUUGAAAGGAAGACCGAAACACAUAUAACUGAAGUGUUAAAUAUGUUGGAAAGAUGUGACCAAAUAGCACAAACCCAGGAAAGUUCAAUAUUGGACAUGUUCAGUCAUUUCCAAAAAGAUUUAGAGCUUAUAUUGAGUAACAGUAAACAACAAGUAGAAGUACAACUAGUUAAGAAGGAUGAACAGAUCGUGAGUGGAAUAAACGACAUAGCAAUACACGUAGAAAAUCUGACAAAUGAACUAGAAAGUCAAGAUAUUAUCCAACAGAUCAUGGAAUUUAAAAACAAUAAUCUAAAAAGUUUCCAAGAUAUUGCAGAAGCUUCUAAUGAACUAGUGAUAAAAGAGCGUGCAAGUUUUGAACAUAUGAAAACGUACCAGGAACAAAUUAAGUCAAGUAUGGAUGAGUUUAUUGGUGGACUUCUGGUCACACAAAAUGACAGUCUCCAAAAUUUUGAUCUGAUUUUACAAGAUUCAAUAAGUAAUGACUUAUUACCUCAACUACAUAUGUUCACAAAAGAAUUAACCAACGAGUGGUUAUCCCGCUUUAGUGAAGAAAUGGCUGUGAUAAAUGAUGGCAUUUUUGAAAGUUUUGAAGUAAUAUCUAGUAAAUUGAAUUCAACUUUGGAUAAGAUAGAUAUUCUAGAAACCAAAUUAUCUAAAAUUUAUGAAUUUUUCAACAUUAUUAACGCUAUUAUCAGCAAAUUCGCCCAUGGCUGCGUUGUCUUGAAAGAUAAUGUACUAGCCUUAGUGACGAGUCACAAGAAAUGGGUCAUUUUACCUCUCUCAGUCACCACAUUCAAAUUACUAAAAAAUCUCAUUCUCACCAGGUGGAAAACUGAAAUAUAUCACACGCCAGUAUUCAUAAUGAAAACUCUUACGCUGGCAAUUGCAGUCUUUUUGGGAAACAGACUAGGUGCAAUCUUAUGCCAAGAUAUAAUGUAG